GUCGGGUAUCUCUCUAUUAUAUUUGGGGCCUUAACUCAUUAAGCCGAUCGUUUGAUGACAUUGCGACUACGCGCUAUCUCUCGAUAUAUAUAUGAACCCCAUAUUCAUCUCAUGAUAUUACACUGUGGAUCAGCCUCUACAAUCUGUCAAUUGUAAAAGAUGUCAAUUGACGUUAUAGAUUCAGCAUCUGCUAGGCCUGCGCCACACCUCAACGACAGAAACAUCCAUCACGCUGCCGCGACAUCUAGCAGUAUCAAGACCGCCCCGCACUCGCGAAACGAGGUCAUGAUGAACGAAUAUCCCCGGACUUGGGUGAAGACGCCCUUGAAAGAAAGUGCGGCCCUCAGUCGCGCUGCUGGUUGCAGAGUCUUCCUCAAGCUUGAAAACCUACAACCUUCGGGCUCAUUCAAGUCCAGGGGUGUAGGAAACUACAUGCUUUGCCGGCUGCGCGAGCGCCUAACCGACUCUCCCAAUACGCCCAUUCACUUCUACUCGUCCAGCGGCGGUAACGCCGGAAUCGCAUGCGCCUACGCAGCACAGUCACUAGGAUAUCCGGCGACAAUCGUGGUGCCAACUGCGACUAAGCCCGCUAUGAUUUCGAAGAUGCGCACAGCAGGCGCACACGAUGUAAUCUCGCACGGUGCAUCUUGGCAGGACGCUGAUGGAUACCUCCGCGAUGAAGUCCUAUGCAAAGACCCCAACGGAGUAUAUGUGCCACCGUUUGACCAUCCAGACAUUUGGGAGGGCAACAAGACUACUGCUUACGAGAUACGGGACCAGCUCGACGAAAAGCCAGACGUUAUGAUCUGUUCUGUGGGAGGUGGAGGACUGUUCAAUGGUUUUAUCAAAGCAAUGCACGAAAUGGACUGGGGUGAUGUUCCGUUCCUAGCUAUGGAAACUAUUGGUGCCGAUUCGCUCAACAAGAGUGUGAUAGAAGGCAAGCACAUCACCCUUCCGAGAAUAACAUCCAGGGCAACAUGUCUUGGUGCUAUUCGCAUUGCCAACAAAACCUGGGAAAACAUGCAGGCAAACAAAAACGUUCAGAGUAUUGCGCUGCCAGACGCUGAAGCCGCUAUGGGUUGCUGGCGCCUUGCUGACGACGAGAGGAUACUGGUCGAGAUGGCAUGUGGGGUUUGUGUUGUUCUUUGCUACGACGGUCGACUCCAGAAGAUCAUGAGUAGCAUAGGUAAGAAAUUGACGCCUCAGAGUCGAGUUGUCAUUACUGUUUGUGGUGGUAGCGAUAUCAGCGUUGAGUCGCUGUACGAGAUGAGGAAGGAGUAUGCCUGGGUCGAAAAGACGGUUUCGGAUGGUACCAAUGGCUCUGGUGCGCCUGGUUCAUUCACUAUACCUGUGGUAGUAGGACACGAGCAUCAAAUAGACCGCGCUACAAACUGAUCAGGAGUCAAAUAGUAAAAGUAUGCUUUCACAAUGAACCGCCUCGAAACAGGGUCAAGCGGCAACUGUUGUCUGGUCUUCAAUUUGUCUUUUGCGAUAGUUCCAGUAAUUGACACGGAUUGGAUCGUAGCGCAUAGCAAGUAGAUCCAGAGCUUUUGCUGCCAUGAGCUGGGUCUCCGGGAUAUCGCCGUGUAUCUCAGCAAAGACGUCCAAUGCAUGGCUUGACUGUACCAAGUCGUUCUCGUUGAUGCCACAGAACUCGCGCACGAAGGGACUUAGCUCUACUAUCGAUUCUUUGGACUGCCUGUA